UCUGCCUAUAGGGCCCCAUUCUUGAUUGGCCCUCAGGCACAACAUUAAUAAAAAUGAUUAAGAAUAUAACUGAUGUGGGAUAAAUCCCUCAUUUGUUCAUUUAGUUGGCAAAGGAGUGAACAUACACAUGUGACAUGGAUCCUGGAAUGCAUGCAUGAAAUCCAGGCUUAAAUUUGCUAGGCCAGAACAUUAGGAGCUAUUCUGUAAUGAGUGUUUACUAAGCUAUGCACAUUAGGAUAAAAGUGCCCUGAGUGCCUGGUUGCUUGCCUUAUAUGAAGGCCUCAAAGCCAUACAAAAUAAAUAACAUUGUUUGCUACAGUCACCUGUCAAACAGAACUUAUGAUGCCUAUAAAUGUGAUGGAUUCCGUAAUCAGGCUGAUAAUGAUUUCAGGCUGAUAGUGGUUUCUAGUCAUUUAUAAAUGCUUCUAAGAAGAUCCACUAGGUGGUGCCAGGGGACCUUGCUGCAAGCCUUACAGAGCAAAACAAUCUGCAUGGGUGGGAGAGCUGAGCAAGGGUGAAACAUUUGGCUCCCUGUCUCAGACAGGAAGUGGUGGGAGGGAAGUAGCUAUUGCUGCUGGAAACGAGGCUUGCCGGAGCUGUUCCUGUGGCCUAGAUGCCUUUAGUGAGCUGACAGCCAGGCCAGCUUCAGUGGAGUCCUAAGUUAUCUGUCUGGCCCUAGGAGCAUCGCCCAGAUUCAGAGGAUGACCCUGGAAUGACUGAGUGCGUUGGAGCCGGUACUCCAUUCCACAGAGGUGCAGCGAUCCCCCAUCUGUUAGGAGUCAUAUUAAGGUAGUUUUAAGUCUCUGUUACUUGGGAGCAAGGAUUUUACAGGUGUGUUUCAACGAAGCAUUUAAAAUUUCCCAGGCCACUGUAGUUCCAUGCAGCCCAGAAUCUAACAAGAGUGAAACCCCAUCAGGCCUUUUAGUUGCAGACUAAUGACUGUUUCUUAGGGGCAGCUAGGAAUGGAUAAGUUCUUGGUCAAAAGGCCUUUCCCAGGCAAGAACAAACAAGAACUCUUAGAGAUGAAGGGAGGAGAGCUGGAUUGGAUGAGAGAUGGGGGAGAGAAGAAAAGGCCCUGGUCAGAAAUGCCAGGUGCAGAUGAGUCCUUUGUGCAUUCUCCAUGGAAGCAAAUCCGGGCUGAGGGUCUGAACUGCGAUUACAAGAUCCUGUUUGGCAAAACUGAGGCUGACAAGAUUUUCCAGGAGCUGGAAAAGGAAGUGGAAUAUUUUGAAGGUGAUCUUACCAAAGUGCAAGUGUUUGGCAAAUGGCACAACAUCCCAAGGAAGCAGGUGACAUAUGGAGAUCCUGAGUUAACAUACACUUACUCAGGUGUUACCUUUGCUCCUAAGCUAUGGAUUCCAGUUCUCAACCGUAUCAGAGAGCGCAUCACCCUGGCCACUGGACACACUUUUAAUUUUGUUCUUAUUAACAGAUAUAAAGAUGGCUGUGAUCACAUAGGCGAACAUCAAGAUGAUGAGAGAGAAUUGGUUCCACGGAGUCCCAUUGCGUCAGUGUCCUUUGGAGCAUGCAGGGACUUUUUCUUCAGGCAUGGUGCUUCCCGAGGGAAAAACGCCUCAUGCCACAUUGAGCCAGUCAAGCUGCAGCUGGCCCAUGGCAGUUUACUAAUGAUGAAGUACCCCACCAAUGUGUACUGGUAUCACAGCUUGCCAACCCGCAAAAAGGUGCUAGCCCCGAGAAUCAACCUGACAUUUCGGAAAGUAAUGGCUUUACCAAAAAAAUGAAGUUAUUUAACAACCUAACAUCUAGCUUUAACAGCCCCUUUUACUUCUGAAAAUGAGAACUUUCUUUCCAUGUCAUAAGUCAGUUUCUCUUUCAAACACGGCCUUUUCCUUUGCAUAUAUAGCAAGAGAUAGGAACCUAGCUGUGGUGCAAGCUAUGUCACGAGUGUAUUUAAAUUAGGAAACCAAACGGGGAAUAACAUGCAGUUGUUUAGAUACAAAUAUGGUAACCAUUUGAUCUUGGAUGUCAAGAUUAUUUUUCUACAGCCAAGCACUACUGUAGUCUGUAGCCUGAUGGUAUAUUUUUCAUCCGCUAUUCUCCUUGGUUCAGAAGGGAGGUUUACUGUUAAAUCCAUGGUAGUCCUAUCAGUGAGUAUGCGUUGUUUUUUGUUUUGAAGUCUCAAGUAUGUACCGCUGUCUACUAAAUACUAAUGUACCAUAGAAUGUAAUAAUUCAGUAAGUCUGAAAUGUUCUCUACAAAUGAAUCAUGUAUAUUUUUUAAAUAAAACAAGAGUCUUCUACAAGAAGGGAAUGCUGAUUGUUUAAAUGACAAACUUCCCCUUCAUCAUUUACAAUGUGAUUGUAACUGGUGCAGGUUUGGAAACAGGACUGCACAGUUCUGGAGUUUCUGAAGAUAUAUACCAACAAAGCAGUAAGAACUGUUACUUAUCUUACAGUAGAAGUCUGUCGC